GAUCGCGCAGGGAGCUGCGGGCCCGGCCCGGGCGCUGCCUGCCGGGGCGUCUCCCGGCCCGUCGCUUAUUUAACCCCGGGGGCGGGGCGGGUGCUUACACAACGGCCGGAGCGGCGCCAUGUCCUGGUACCGGAGCGCCGUGUGGUUCCUGAAGGGGCUGCGGGAGUACACCAGGGGUGGCUAUGACUCUGCGUCCAAACACUUUGUUCCGGCAGAUUUGGAGGUAAAUGUAACCGGAAGAUCCUUCAUGAUUACUGGAGCAAACAGUGGUAUUGGCAAAGCAACUGCAACGGAGAUAGCAAAGAGAGGUGGCACACUUCAUCUGGUUUGCAGGAAUAAAGAGAGAGCUGAAGAAGCUAAAAGAGAAAUAACAACAGAAACUGGUAAUCAGAAUAUCUUUUUGCACAUUCUGGAUAUGUCUAAUCCCAAGGGAAUUUGGGAGUUUGCUGAAAAAUUCAAGACUGAACAUAAGUUAAAUGUCUUGAUCAACAAUGCAGGCUGCAUGGUAAACAAAAGAGAACUAACAGAGGAUGGACUUGAAAAGAACUUUGCUACAAAUACCUUGGGUACAUACAUUCUCACAACUGCUCUGCUGCCUUUGAUGGAAAAAGAAGAUGAUCCCAGAGUUAUAAUUGUCUCUUCAGGAGGGAUGUUGGUUCAGAAAUUAGAUGUAUCUGAUUUGCAGUCCGAAAACGUAACAUUUGAUGGUACUAUGGUCUAUGCCCAAAACAAGAGACAGCAAGUAGUCUUGACAGAACAAUGGGCUAAAGUGCACAAAAACAUCCAUUUCUCUGCCAUGCAUCCUGGCUGGGCAGAUACACCAGCGGUGAGAUCAGCGAUGCCAGAGUUCUAUGAAAAGAUGAAGAACAAACUACGCACAGAGGCUCAGGGAGCCGAUACAGUAGUAUGGCUGGCAGUCUCACCUGCAGCAGCUAAGCAAACAAGCGGCCUGUUCUUCCAAGACCGGCAACCUGUUUCUACCCACUUGCUCUUGGCCAGAACAUAUUCUUCACCAGAGGAGGAAGAGAAGCUAAUAGAAGCUUUGGAAGAGCUUUCCCAGAAAUUUAAACCCACUUGAUCAUGGCUUUAGGCAUUUAUCACUACUCAACUGAAAAGAAACGAAGCUUUGAAUUACAAUACUAGCAGAACUGUAUUAAUGUGUUACAAAUGAGUUUGCUACAACUAAUAGACUUAAGUAGAAUCAUAGUUCACCUUUUAUAACUAACAUGUUGUAAUGCAGGCUUUCAUAAGAUAGGCAACUGCAUGAUAGCUUAUGCUAUGAAUUCAGAUUUUGCUCCCCUGAAGUCCUACUGCUGUCAUAUCAUACAUUAAGGUACAUUCACCUUGCUUCAGGUAUGUACAGGAAACAGCAGAAGGAGGUAUUUCAGUAGUGGGUUGCUCAAUGUCCCUGUAACAAGCAGAUUGUAGCCUAGCACCCUUACUAAUUAAAGCUCUAUUUCCUAGUGACUGCCCUAUAAACAGGUGGGGCUACAAUCACUUAAUUCAGGAGUAGGUACCCCUUCAUUUUUAGUGGCACUCACAGUGCCUGGGUCCUGGCCACUGGUCUGGGGGGCUCUGUAUUUUAAUUUAGUUUUAAAUUAAGCAUCUUACACA